CAACUGGGGGCGCCCCAGAGGACGAUGAGAGAUAAGGACUGAGGGCCAGGAAGGGGAAGCGAGCCCGCCGAGAGGUGGCGGGGGCUGCUCACGCCAAGGGCCACAGCGGCCGCGCUCCGGCCUCGCUCCGCCGCUCCACGCCUCGCGGGGCCCGCGGGGCCAGCCCGGCCGGGCGGGGAUGCUGGGGCGGAGGGCGCAGUGGCUGUGCUGGUGGUGGGGGCUGCUGUGCAGCUGCUGCGGGCCCCCGCCGCUGCGGCCGCCCCUGCCAGCCGCCGCCGCUGCCGCGGGCGGGGGGGCACUGCUGGGGGACGGCGGGAGCCCGGGCCACGCGGAGCAGCCGCCGCCGCCGCCGCCGCCGCAGUCCUCCUCCUCCGGGUUCCUCUACCGGCGGCUCAAGACGCACGAGAAGCGCGAGAUGCAGAAGGAGAUCCUCUCGGUGCUGGGGCUCCCGCACCGGCCCCGGCCCCUGCACGGCCUCCAGCAGCCGCAGCCCGCUGCGCUCCCGCAGCAGCAGCCUCGCGGGGAGCCCCCUCCCGGGCGGCUAAAAUCUGCGCCCCUCUUCAUGCUGGAUCUGUACAACGCCCUGGCCGCCGACGACGACGAGGACUGGGCGUCGGAUGAGGAGAGGCGGCAGCACGGGCCCCGCGGAGGGGUCGGCUCGUCCCAGCCCCGGCAGCCGCCCCCCGGCGCGGCGCCCCGGGUCAACAGCAAGAGCCUCCUGGCCGCGGGACCCGGCGGUGGCGCGUCCCCACUGACCAGCGCGCAGGACAGCGCCUUCCUCAACGACGCGGACAUGGUCAUGAGCUUUGUGAACCUGGUGGAGUACGAGAAGGAGUUCUCCCCUGGCCAGCGACACCACAAAGAGUUCAAGUUCAACUUAUCCCAGAUUCCUGAGGGUGAGGCGGUGACGGCUGCAGAGUUCCGAAUCUACAAGGACUGUGUUGUGGGGAGUUUUAAAAACCAAACUUUUCUUAUCAGCAUUUAUCAAGUCUUGCAGGAGCGUCCACACAGAGACUCUGACCUAUUUUUGUUGGACACCCGCAUGGUGUGGGCCUCAGAAGAAGGCUGGUUGGAAUUUGACAUCACAGCCACUAGCAAUCUGUGGGUUGUGACCCCGCAGCACAACAUGGGGCUUCAGCUGAGCGUGGUGACUCGGGAUGGACUCACCGUCAACCCUCGAGCGGCAGGCCUGGUGGGCAGAGACGGCCCUUACGACAAGCAGCCCUUCAUGGUGGCCUUCUUCAAGGUCAGCGAGGUCCACGUGCGCACCACCAGGUCGGCCCCCGGGCGGCGCCGACAGCAGAACCGCAACCGCUCCACCCAGUCCCAGGACGUGUCGCGGGGCUCCAGCGCUUCUGAUUACAACAGCAGUGAGUUGAAAACGGCCUGCAGGAAGCAUGAGCUUUAUGUGAGCUUCCAGGACCUGGGCUGGCAGGACUGGAUCAUCGCACCCAAGGGCUACGCCGCCAACUACUGUGAUGGAGAAUGCUCCUUCCCACUCAACGCGCACAUGAAUGCAACGAACCACGCAAUCGUGCAGACGCUGGUUCACCUUAUGAAUCCUGAGUAUGUCCCCAAACCAUGCUGCGCGCCAACCAAACUAAACGCCAUCUCAGUUCUUUACUUUGAUGACAACUCGAAUGUCAUCUUGAAAAAAUACAGGAAUAUGGUUGUCAGAGCUUGUGGAUGCCACUAA